AUCUCCAGCUCUAUCAGACACAAACAUGCCUGUGGAGCUGCCAGUGGCAUUCAAACUAGCGUUGGAACUUGCAUUUUCAAUGCUCUCAUUUGUUCUCCGCAAUCCGAUGCGAAAAGCCACACAUUUUUCUCGCUCAACUCUCAAUCCUUAUCUCACAGUUCUACUCACCUUCUUGGCUACCAUCACAAAACAUGCAGAGACACUUUCUAUAAUGGAACGUUCGAUACCUUGGCAUGAUCUUGCCCGCUUUUUUGCCACCAUUCCCCACGAUAUCUUUGCUGCGCAGGGAUUGGAUAUCCCAGCUACUGGCAGUGAGUGGUGGGCGAUGCUGACAAGUGGUUAUGCCCCGCCUCUCUCCGAGGACUGGUGCCUUCGUGGGAUGGAGUGGAUCAGUUGCAAAGUCUUUGAGUGUGGAUACUGGAAGAGUGGAGAAGAAAGGCGGGUGGAGGUGGAGAUUCUGGAUAUGGAAGAAGGCAGUCAGCUAACUGAUGGGAUCAUCGAAGAUGAAGAUAACGAAGAGGAUGGUUACUCCCACAGGGAGAGUUUGUGUGGGGAGACAAGCAAGAGAUGGAGCCGACUUGUGCGCUGUGCCGUUUCCUUGUCAACUGUUGUUGAUGGGCUCACCUGGUUGGAGGGCACAUGUGAAUGGAGGGUUGAGGGUGUAUUGGAAGCAAAAGUGAUGCACUGGCUUGAGGAAGAUUGUCAUGAGCGCAAGGAAGAGGAGUGGAGAUGA